AUGAGCAAUUACGAGAAGUCUCCAACAAUUGACUGCGGCAAUGAAUCACACGCCAGCGGCAGCACAAUAUUGGAGCCGCGUCGACCUCCUCAAACCGGUGCUCCGAGCAACCUGCCAGGAAACAUAAUCCAAUCAAAUUCAGCCGACGAAAAGUCAAAAGGACCUCCAAAUGGAGGUUUAGUUGCUUGGACUCAGGUUCUUUGUGGAUUUAUGCUGUUUUUCAACACCUUUGGCCUCCUCACAUCCUUUGGUGUCUUCCAGACUUACUACGAAUCAGAGGCUAUUUUCAACCAUUCAUCUUCAGACAUAUCGUGGAUCGGAUCCGUGCAGGCAUUUCUCGUUCAGUUCUGUGGGCUCAUUUCAGGUCCAGUCUAUGAUAGAGGUUAUCUCCGUUCUCUCCUCUGCGCUGGAUGUUUUCUCCUCGUCUUUGGACACAUGAUGCUCAGUCUAGCCAACACCUAUUGGCAAAUUAUACUCUCCCAGGGAAUAUGUAUAGGUAUUGGAAUGGGGUGCCUAUAUGUCCCUUCAAUAUCAAUACUGCCAUCUUACUUCAGCACCAGGUUGGGCUUGGCAAUCGGUGUUGCCUCGUCUGGCAGCUCUUUAGGCGGUGUCAUAUAUCCCAUCGUUAUGCACCGGCUAUUAGAAAACAUUGGCUUCCCAUGGGCAGUUCGUGUUAUGGGAUUUAUUGCUCUCGCUACCAUGACAAUUCCCAUAUCCUUAAUGAGGAUACGUCUUAAGCCAGCAAAGGCGCGAGCCCUAAUUGACCCAGCUGCGUUCACAGACUGGCCAUAUAUUUGGUUUACAGUGGCGACCAUGAUUGGCUUUAUGGGUAUAACAGCUUUUCAGUUUUACUUCUCUUUCUAUGCCAAAGCAAAUAAGCUUACCAGCUCUGAUCUCGCAUUUGAUCUCGUACCAAUUUAUAACGCCGUAUCUGCGAUCGGGCGCAUCGUGCCAAAUGCCAUCUCGGAUAAGACUGGCCUCUUCAAUAUCUUGGCCCCUGGUGUCUUGCUCACCGGUGUCGUAUACUACUGUUCCAUGGCUGUUCAUGAGAAGGGCCCUAUGAUUGGUGUUACUAUAUUGGGAGGAUUUUUCCUCGGCCUUCUCACAGCUCUGCCGCCAGUCUGUUUUGCAGCUCUAGUGAAAGACAAGUCCAAGAUAGGAACCAGAAUUGGAAUGGGUACCGCAACCAUUGCAUUCGGCCUUUUAGUGGGUGGUCCUGGCGCAGGCGGCAUUCUACGUGGUCAAGAGCCUUUGAAUUGGAGUGGUUUGUGGAGUUUUGCUGGUACAGCCAUGGUGAUAUCAGGCAUCAUGUAUGUGCUACUCAGAAUACAUAGAUCUGGUUUCAAGCUCCUUGUCAAAGCCUGA